UGGUCCGAGGCAAGAUACGAGAAUUCCAAAGGCGAAAGAACGAAGUGGCGAUCUUCCGGAGUUCGUAUACGCACGAGCGAGGCUCAGCUGGACGGCGCGCGACGACCCGGUUAAAUCUAGAAUUCGCGAAGAACGGGAGGAUUCAUUACUGGGACUUUGAAGGUGAGAAGUUACUGCUGCGAAUUUUCGAGAUUCGAUCAGCUCUUUCUCGGUCUUUCGAGAGCAAGAAAUCUUUAUCGACCCAUCUUGGAUUCCUUUCUUGAGCCCAAGAUAUUGAGAGGAAUCCUGCUCAAGAGCGUCUCUUUGAUCGGUUCUGGACAGCCGAGUUCCUAGUUCUGGGAUAUCUUGAUCUGGGUUGUCUUGAUAUUUGCCAAAUUAUUCGAGAGCGGAAUUGGGCAAGUCUCGUGCUCUUUGGGGUCGCGGAAGUUCCAAUGCGUGGGCGAGUGAGGAGGUGAUUUGAGGUUUCUGUAAAUGGGGAAGCCUCUGUUUUACGAGAUCUUGGAGAAACCCGCGACGAGCUGCGUCAUAGGAUUGUGCUGCGCGAUAUGGUUCUUCAUUCAGAAGAAGGGGAUUGGUUACUCGCAUGUCGGGCUGAGCUACGACGCCGCCGUGGAAGGGCACUACUGGCGGAUAAUCACCUCGGCGUUCUCGCACAUUAGCAUCUUGCAUCUUGUCUUCAACAUGAGCGCGCUCUGGAGUCUUGGAGUGGUGGAGCAGCUGGGGCUCAUGGGUCUUGGCGUGGCGUAUUAUCUGGAGUACACCCUUGUGCUGGUCAUCUUGUCAGGGGUGCUUGUGUUGGGGAUUUACCAUGUAUUGAUCCAUCGGUUCAAGCUCGAGCAUUUUCGGAGAGUCACGGCUGUUGGGUAUUCCUGUGUUGUUUUCGGGUGGAUGACGAUUCUCGCCGUGAAGCAGCCCUCGUCGAAGCUUGACCUUUUCGGGUUCCUCCUUCCCAUCAGUUUUGCGCCUUUCGAGUCACUAAUUUUCACUUCUAUCAUUGUUCCCCAGGCAAGUUUUCUUGGGCAUUUGUCGGGAAUCAUUGUCGGGUAUGCUGUUGCUUGGGGUGUGAUUCAUGGAAUGAAUAGUUAUUGGGCUGUUUCAAUGCUGGGAUGGGUUGUGGUUGUGUUCAUAUAUAGUUUGAAGCGAUCCGGCGCCUAUGAUUUAAACUUUCUCGAGAUUGAAUCUGUUACCGAUCCCUCCUUGCCGUCUUUGCGAUUUGUCACAACCGGGAAUGGUAGAACUUUGCAAAUGACCGCACUUCCAGUUGGAGGUGUUGAACUCGUGUGACCUUUAGCCCCGCUUUCUUCUCUUGUAAGGGUGGGAGCUAGCUUAGGGCUUGACUCACUUGAGAUUUUUCAUGAUGCACAAUAUAACAGUGAUUUUUUAUUGCCAAGAUUUUAUUCGCUCCACGAAGAUUCCGCUAUUCUGUAAAUGUGUUUUGGUAAAUCACUCUGUUGUAUGGUACUGAUACCAUUUGUCUGCAUUAUUACACUAGCAGAUGGUUGUCAUUGCUUCCUUUUGUGGUGCAUAUUAUACAGUUGACUAUCUACUUCAGUUAUGUUGGCAAAUGAGGAAGCUUUCUUAUUCUUAAUGACAAUAUUUAGUUGGGCCAUAA